CUUCGUUCGCCUCCCAUCCCAGGCAGGGCAUCACCAACCAAAUCUGGUCAGCAAACACAGAGUCACUGUCGCAGUUGGUCGAACAGAUACACCACACCAAUGGCGUCAAAACGAUAUGCCUUCGUCCCCAUGGACGAUGAGCCUGCUGCCCCAUCCAAGAGCGACAGAAAAGACCGAGACAGAGACAGCAAAAGGGACAGGAAACGCGAUCGAUCCAGGUCGCCGCGCCGACACAAGAGCAGGCGACCCGAUGACAGCGACUCUACCCGACGCCAGUCCCGCUCGCGAUCACCACGCAAGGACGACAGCCGAUCAGACUCGAGACGCGAUCGCGAAGACCCCAAGAUGUCAGAUCUCAGACUCAAGUCCCGAUACGACUACCUGAAGAAGAGAGAGGCCGAGAAGCUUGCCCUCCUACGGAAACAAGUCGCCGAGGAAACUGCCGAGUUGCGAUCCGGUGUUCGUCUGUCUGAAAAGGAAAAAGCCGAAUUCGCAAGAAACCGGGAAAUUCUACGCCUGGCCGAGGAGCGAGCACGCAUUGACGACUACCAAGACGGCUACCGCCUACCGGACCAGUAUGGCACCGACACCAAGAAGAAAGAGGAGGCUUUAUACCAGCGUCACGUCGAGAGGGACGAGUAUGGUAACGAAAAGAUGGUUACCGAAUACGACGAGUGGGAGCGCGAGCAAACCGUCAAGGCCAAGGCGCAAAUCGCAUCGCGCGGCGAGCGCGAAGACGGAGGAGAAUACGACUUCUUGCUGGACGAGGAUGCCAUCAACUUUGUCCGUGAUGCUGCCGCCAAGUUCAUACAACCGACCGACGGCCUGACGCCGGAGCAGAGGAUCUUAAAGGAGAAGAUCGAGGCGGCCGAGCGGGCGGCCAAGUCGAUACAAGAAGUGCGCAAGAGUCUUCCCGUUUAUGCUUACCGGGACGCUUUUCUGGAUGCCAUCAAGGAGUACCAGGUUCUUAUCCUUGUUGGCGAGACUGGUUCGGGAAAGACAACACAAAUACCCCAAUACCUCCACGAGGCUGGAUAUACUGAGGGCGGCAUGAAGGUUGCCUGCACCCAGCCGCGUCGUGUUGCCGCCAUGAGUGUUGCCGCUCGUGUGGCUGAUGAAAUGGGAGUCAAGGUUGGAAGGGAAGUCGGUUACUCGAUCCGUUUCGAGGACUGUACAAGCGACAAGACCAUUCUCAAGUAUAUGACGGAUGGCAUGCUUCUGAGAGAAAUGGUUACGUCGCCAACACUGGAGGGUUACUCGGCCAUCAUGAUCGACGAAGCCCACGAGAGAACAGUCCAUACCGAUAUUCUACUAGCACUUAUCAAGGAUCUUACUAGGGCGAGGCCGGAUCUGAAGCUCAUCAUUUCUUCUGCGACACUCAACGCCGAAAAGUUCAGCACGUACUUUGAUGAUGCGCCCAUCUUCAACGUUCCCGGUCGUGUGCAUCCGGUCGAUGUAUACUACACUUCAGCACCAGAGAGUAACUACCUAGAAGCUAGUUUGGUGACAGUGUUCCAGAUCCAUGCUACACAGCCAGAGGGCGGUAUCCUGGUGUUUCUCACUGGCCAAGAGGAGAUUGACAAGGCAUGCGAGCGAGUAGAAGAGAUCAAAAAGAAACUGGGGGGUCGAGUACCCGAAAUCAUACCUCUACCCAUCUACGCCAACAUGCCCUCGGAACUGCAGGCCAAGAUCUUCGAGCCGACACCACCAGGGGCUAGAAAGGUGGUCUUCUCGACCAACAUUGCUGAAACAUCCCUUACCAUUGACGGUAUCGUCUAUGUCAUCGACUGCGGCUACGUCAAGGAGAACACAUUCAGUCCCGUCGGCACAACAGGACAGUCCACGCUCGCCGUUGUGCCGUGCUCACGAGCCGCUGCGAACCAGCGUAUGGGUCGUGCCGGUCGUGUCCGUCCAGGCAAAUGCUUCCGUCUCUACACCAAAUUUGCCUACCUCUCUGAAAUGGACGAGUCACCAACACCCGAAAUCCAACGAACCUCGUUAUCGAGCGUUGUCCUCCAACUCAAAGCGCUCGGUAUCGAAGAUCUUUUGGGUUUCGACUUCCUCGACCCCCCACCAACCGAACUUCUCAUCAAGUCCCUCAACAUGCUCUACGCCUUGGGAGCCCUCAACUCCGCCGGCCAACUUACCCGCGUCGGCCGGCAAAUGGGCGAAUUCCCCGCCGAACCGAUGCUAGCCAAGGCGCUCAUCGCUGCCACGGCCGAGGGCUGCGUCGACGAGAUGCUCACUAUCGUGUCCAUGCUCGGCGAAGUAGCCACUCUGUUCUUCCGCCCCAAGGACAAGAAGGUGCACGCCGAUAGCGCGCGCGCCCGCUUCACUGUCAAGGACGGCGGCGACCACUUGACGCUUUUGAAUGUCUACAACCAGUGGGUCGACGCCGAUUACUCCCCCAUCUGGGCCAAGGAGAACUUCCUCACCCAGCGAUCGCUCACCCGCGCCCGUGACGUGCGCGACCAAUUAGCCAAGCUAUGCGAUCGCGUCCUGGAAGGGUCCACAUCUACCUGCGGCGGAGUCUCCAACAUGCAGCCCAUCCUACGGGCGCUCACAGCAGCCUUCUUCCUCAAUGCUGCCAGGCUAAACCGAGGCGGAGACGGAUACAGGACGCUGAAGAAUAACAUGACGGUGUAUGUGCACCCGAGCUCGGUGGUUAAGGGGAUGGACCCACCACCAAAGGUUAUCAUUUAUCAUGAGCUGGUCGUGACAACAAAGGAGUUUGUCAGGAGUGUGAUUCCGAUUGACCCGAAGUGGUUGACGGAGUUUGGUGGGCAUUAUUAUGAUGCUAAGGAUGUGGAGAGUAUGACGGUCAAAAAGUUGCCUAAGGAGAGGAAAUACUGAUGGGUAGAAACGAUAGUGAGUGGUUGGAAGUCUGUUUUGUUUGUCUCAAAAGCGAAUGGCAUAUGGGGACAUGGCGUUUGGAGCGUUUUUGGGAAAAUUCCGUUGAUGAUUAGGGGUUUGUUUACUUGCAACUGCAUUUGGUAGCUGCUGGUGAUUAGUACUCAUCAACUCACGCACAGUUGUAUCAAAGCAAUGAAAACAUAAUGACAAUACUUAUCCGAUGGAA